AUGGCCACUUCUUUAACUGAUUCGCUCCAAGAAAUUAUUAAACAAAACAAAUUAUAUGUAUUUGAUUAUAAUGAAUUUACUGAUUUUAAGAAAAUUGGUGUCGGUGGAUUUGGUGAAGUACAGAAAGCAUACUGGACAACUCGUGGAUAUACUGUUGCUCUUAAAAGCCUAAGAGUUGAUAUAAUUUUAGAUGAAAAGGAUGAAAAUGAUAUUAAAGAAUUCAUUAGAGAGGUUCAACAGCUUGAAGAUGAGGUUAAUAAUAAUGAUACACCUCAAUUGAGUUCUGGGUCAAGCUCACGUAACACCGAGCCGGGUUCUAAUGAAGUUAAAUUCAUACCAGAAAUCGUUAAACCCUUAACAGAGAGCUUCAAACCCCAGGAUGAUAUACCAUUUGCAUCUAAUAUUAUAAAAAUUGAACAUUUCACGCUUAUUUCUAGCUGGAUUAAUCAAACAAAAUCAUAUAAAUCAAAAUAUACUACGCAUGGUUCAGUAUCAGAUGAAAAUCAAUAA